GGGGAAGAUGGGUGUGGUUGUUCGGUUCCCUGUGAUUGGCUGAGAGUGGCCACGCGUCGGAGUUCGUUGGGGGACCCGUGGGCGGGAGACGGCAGGCGAGGGGUCUGGGGACUGCAGGCUCACACUCAACACAGGAUCCUCCCAAGCUGCCUUUUGCCCCUGUGCAGACCUGCACUGAAAUGGCCACUGUUCCCCUUGGCUUUAACAUCGACAUCCCACGCUGGGACCAGAGCACCUUCAUGGGGCGCCUGAAGCACUUCUUCAACAUCACUGACCCACGGACAGUGCUGGUGCCAGAGAAGGAGCUGGACCAGGCCAAGGCCAUGGUGGAAAGCUGCAGGGCCGGGCUGGUGCCACCAGGAAGCACCCAGGAGCAGCUGCUUUACGCCAAGAAACUCUACGACUCAGCCUUCCACCCUGACAGUGGUGAGAAGAUGAACCUCAUCGGGAGGAUGUCCUUCCAGGUGCCAGGGGGCAUGGCCCUCACUGGAUGCAUGCUCCAGUUCUACCGGACAGUGCCUGCUGUGGUUUUCUGGCAGUGGGUGAACCAAUCCUUCAAUGCCAUUGUCAACUACACCAAUCGCAAUGCCGCCUCCACCAUCUCACUGAGGCAGCUCGGGGUGGCUUACAUCACAGCCACUGGUACAGCCCUGGCCACUGCAGUAGGACUCAACCUUUACACCAAGCGAGCCCCGCCACUGCUGGCCCGCUGGGUCCCCUUUGCAGCCGUGGCUGCUGCAAACUGUGUCAAUAUCCCCCUGAUGCGCCAACAAGAAAUCAUCAACGGGGUCACAGUGACAGACAGGGACAACAACGAGCUUGGCCAAUCCAGGAGGGCAGCAGUGAAGGGCAUUGCACAGGUUGUGGUCUCCAGGAUCACCAUGGCGGCACCAGGCAUGAUUAUUUUGCCCAUCAUCAUGGAACGACUGGAGAAAAUCCCUUUCAUGCAGCGGAUCCGGGUUCUCCACGCACCUCUGCAGGUGCUGCUCUGUGGAGGCUUCCUCCUGUUCAUGGUGCCGGCAGCCUGCGCCCUGUUCCCACAGAGAUGCUCUCUUGCAGUGGCUGACCUUGAGCAGGAGCUGCAUGACAGUAUCAUGGCCAAGUAUGGGGACAAAGUGCCAUAUGUCUAUUUUAACAAGGGACUGUGAAUGAAGACUACCUCAUGAGCCAUCACAUCCUUCUAGUCCCCUGUGUCCACCAGCUCUGUGUGCUCUGAGCAGGGCUUAGAGGCACAGUUCAGCCACAUCUGCUCCCAAGCCCAGCACCUUCUCUGCUGCCUCCAUGCCCUGGAGAAGCAGGAUCUCACUCUGUGUGCUCAGCUUGCAGCACUUUGGCUCGUCCUGAGCCUCCUUCCAUAUGCAGCUGUCUGAGUCCUUGCCUCCCCAUAUGCCUCAUGCCCUGGGUGGUGGCUGUGUAUCCUGUGCCUUUCUCUUGCCCUGUGCAGGACAAUCUGCCAGCUUGUCCAAGCUCAUGUGGUCACUGGGCUUGGCCAUGCAAGACAUCAGGCUCUCUUCCUCAGGGCUCAGAGCACAGUCCUACCUCUGAAAGCAGAUGUCCUGCCAUUGUGCCAAGAGCCAAACCACACUGCUGCCUUAAACCACCAUAGUGGCCUCUUGCCAAGAGCUGGAUCAUGCCUUGGCAGAGGGGAAGGGACUUGUCCCCUCUGUACAGGGAGCACCCCAAAGUCCAGGGACCAAGAUUUGGACCAUGCAUUCCUUGCUCUCAGGUUCACCUUUUACUUUCCGAUUGCCACUACCUGGAAGAAAAAUAGCCAAUUGUUUUUAAGCUCCAUUUUUUGCAGUCUGCCCAUUCCCCUGAGCAGCCAGCAGUUACCCUUGUCCUGCACCUCACUGCCCCUGUGGUAGGACCAAGGACCUGCAGCUUCAGGGGGACAGUCAACUCUGGACCCUUUUGGACAGAGGGUAGGAGAUGCAGUAGCCACAAAAAUCACAAAGCUGUUGAGACAUUAGCUCAUACUCUGAAUAGCAGCACUGCAAAUGACACAG